GCCACAGGUUGCUCACCUGUGUGCUGGAGCGCUCGAGUCACACACAGAGAGCACGCGCGAGAGCUCCGUGCUGCAGCCAGUGGCGGCGGACGCGCGCUGCCAUUCCAACACUCACAUUCCCGGUGCGACGGAACGAAAGCGCACGCUGGCGACGAACCUCCGUGAUAUUAACCGUUGCUACUCUACUGGAAAUUACGGACGUUUCUUCGCUGGGGUCGUGGUCUAUAAAACACCGGAACGGGGGAGAUACCGGAGGGGUCGGUAAAGCGCAGCUCCUUUAACGCCACGUCGACUAAAACAAACAAACUAAAACAGUUGGUUUUUUUCGGUUUGAACCGGACUUUUAACGCCGUGAACCAUGCUGGACCCGUCCUCCAGCGAAGACACCGGCGGGGAGUCCGACCCAGAAGUUGUGCAGGAGACUCCGAGGAAACCAGCAGCCGGUCCGGCGGGGAAACGUGGGAACAACACCAGCAGCACCUGCAGCAACACCAGCAGCAGCAGCAGCCGGGCGCGCGGCCAGCGGCGUCAGUCCGCCGCACCUGGAGGUUCCCCCGGUAAAGGUGCUAAAGACAGCAAAGCUACAGGUGAAGAGGAGGAAGAGGAGGAGAGGAAGGAGCGCGAGCGGAUCCAGAAGGAGGAAGAGCAGAGGAAAAUUAAACUGCAGAUUUACGUGUUCGUGCUGCGGUGCAUAGCCUACCCGUUCAACGCCAAGCAGCCCACCGACAUGGCCCGGCGGCAGCAGAAGGUGAGUCCAGAGCCGAAACAACACGCACCUCUGGACAACGUGGACGAGCAGGCGGCUCAGAUCCGCAGAGAGCUGGACGGAAGGUUACAGCUGGCCGAGAAGAUUUCCAGGGAGAGGAGACACCCGAAGUUCGUCUCCGCCGACAUGGAGCCCCUCUACGUGGAGGAGCUGCGUUCGUCAGUCAACCUGCUCAUGGCCAAUCUGGAGAGUCUGCCGGUCUCCAAAGGAGGGCCGGACUUCAAGCAGAAGCUCAAACGCUCCUCCAUGAACAACUCCUUCCUGGACAUGGGAGACGAGGGAGACAUCCUGUCCAAGUCUGACGUGGUGCUGUCUUUUACUCUGGAGAUUGUGAUCGUGGAGGUCCAGGGUCUGAAGUCCGUGGCUCCAAACCGGGUCGUUUACUGCACCAUGGAGGUGGAGGGAGGAGAAAAGCUGCAGACGGACCAAGCUGAAGCCUCCAGACCUCAGUGGGGGACUCAGGGGGACUUCACCACCACUCACCCGCUGCCCUCGGUCAAAGUGAAGCUGUUCACCGAGAGCACCGGGGUCCUGGCUCUGGAGGACAAAGAGCUGGGCCGGGUGGUCAUGAAUCCCACCACAAACGGACUGAAGCAGGCCGAGUUCCACCGGAUGGUGGUCCCCAAGAACAGCCAGGACACAGAGCUGAAGAUCAAGCUGGCAGUCCGCAUGGACAAACCCCCCAACAUGAAGCACAGCGGGUAUCUGUACGCGGUGGGACAGAGAGUCUGGAAACGCUGGAAGAAAAGAUAUUUUGUUCUGGUUCAGGUGAGUCAGUACACGUUCGCCAUGUGCAGCUACAGAGAGAAGAAGGCGGAGCCUCAGGAGCUGAUGCAGCUGGAGGGCUACACGGUGGACUACUGUGACCCUCAGCCAGGCCUGCAGGGCGGCCGGGUGUUCUUUAACGCGGUGAAGGAGGGCGACCUGGUGAUGUUUGCGUGUGACGACGAGCAGGACCGGAUGCUGUGGGUCCAGGCCAUGUACCGAGCCACCGGGCAGUCCUACAAGCCGGUCCCUCCCACGCAGAAGAAGACCACAAACUGCCGAGGACUCCAGAAACCUGCGUCCCCCAUCAGUCUGGAUCCGUCUCAGCGUCAGGGCGUGGAGGGGCUAAUCUCUGCCGCUCCGUGUCGCUUCGACCACGCCGCCCUCUUCACCAUCUUACAGAAGCAAACUCUGCAGCACCGCAUGAGCGACUCCUUCUCCUGCCUGGGUUGGUUCAGUCCCGGUCAGGUGUUCGUCCUGGAUGAGUACUGCGCCCGCUACGGCGUUCGAGGCUGCCACCGCCACCUGAGCUACCUGAAGGAUCUGAUGGAUUAUUCGGAGAACAGCGCGCUGGUGGACCCGACGCUGCUGCACUACAGCUACGCCUUCUGCGCCUCCCACGUCCACGGAAACAGGCCUGAUGGGAUGGGGACGGUGACCGUGGACGAGAAGGAGAACUUUGAGGCCAUCAGGGGUCGCCUCAUGUCUCUGCUGGAGAACCAGAUCACACAUUUUAGGUACUGCUUUCCCUUUGGACGACCAGAUGGGGCCCUGAAGGCGACGCUCUCCCUGCAGGAGCGGGUUCUGAUGAAGGACAUCACCACGCCGGUUCCUCAGGAGGAGAUGAAGAAACUGGUGCAGAGAUGUUUGGAGAACGCAGCUCAAAUCAACUACAGUCAGCUGAUGGAGUACGCUCAGAUUAAAGCGGAUCCUCAGGCAGCUCCGGAGAAGAGACUGGAGGACAUGAUGAGACUGGGAGAGCUCUGCAUCGAAGUCCUGCAGCAGAACGAGGAACAUCACUCCGAGGGAAGAGAGGCUUUCUCGUGGUGGCCGGAGCUGAUGGCCGAACACGCCGAGGCCUUUCUGUCCCUGUACAGAGCCCACAUGGACGGCGCUCUGCAGGUCCAGCCCGUCGACUCCUGGGACAGCUUCCCGCUGUUCCAGCUCCUCAACAACUUCCUGCGAAUGGACCUUCACCUGUGCAAUGGGACGUUCCACAAACACCUGCAGGACCUGUUCGUCCCCCUGGUGGUGCGCUACAUCGACCUGAUGGAGUCGUCCAUUGCCCAGUCCAUCCACCGCGGCUUUGAGCAGGAGACCUGGCAGUCAGUCAAGUCGUUAACUAACAAUCUAGCGAGCGUUCCUCUUCCCAAAGUCCCCAGCCUCCCUCUCACGCUGCCACAGAUGCCCAGCUUCUCAGCACCCGCCUGGAUGGGGCCGCUGUGUGAGAACACCUUGCAAGGGAUAAAUCUACCUGACAUCUUUAACGGCUCGGCCACCUCGGAGGACUUGUUCUGGAAGCUGGAUGCUCUGCAGAUGUUCGUGCUGGACCUCCACUGGCCGGAGCCCGAGUUCGCCAAACAUCUGGAGCAGAGACUCAAACUGAUGGCCAGCGACAUGAUGGAGGCCUGUGUCAAGAGAACAAAAUCUGCCUUUGAUUCCAAAAUGCAAAAAGCGGCUAAGUCAACGGACUUCAGGGUGGCGCUGUCGGUCUGCACCAUGUUCAACGUGCUGAUGGACGCCAAGAAGCAGUGCUCCAAACUCUGCGUGCUGGACACGGGUCAGGAGAUUGACAAACAAUGGGUAAGUCCCUCUAUCGCCUCUCACCUUAUCCUUUUUCUUUCAUGUCACACUUCUCCACCUAAAGAAAGAAGUUCAGUAACUCUUUAUGAUAACCACAUUAAUAAAUGUUCAAUUGAUAUUUGUCCAAAUAUUGAUAAAUGGGUCAAACACAGGACUUUCACCCAGGAGACUUGUUUGGCCGCUGUUUUAGACGGCGUCCUCUCCAAGCUCUCCAGAUACGAUGAAGGGACGUUCUUCUCUUCUAUCCUCUCGUUCACAGUGAAAGCAGCUGCCAAAUAUGUGGAGGUCCCUAAACCAGGGAUGGAUCUGGCCGACACGUACAUCACCUUCAUACGGCAGAACCAGGACAUCCUCCGAGACCGCGUCAACGACGAGCUGUACGUCGAGAAGGUGUUUGACCAAUGGUACAGCGGCUCCAUGAAGGUGGUGUGUGUUUGGCUGACGGACAGACUGGACCUGCAGCUCCACACGUACCAGCUGAAAACACUCAUCAAGAUUGUGAAGAAGACCUACCGCGACUUCCGGCUGCAGGGCGUCCUGGACGUCGUGCUGAACAACAAGAGCUACGAGACCGUCUACAACCGGCUGACGGUGGAGGAAGCCACGGCGGCCGUCAAGUCGGGCGACGGCCUGCAGGGCAUCAGCAUGAGGGACAGCGACGAGGAGGACGAUUGAACGCACAUCAUUACCUCCACGUUGAUACUUAACAGAUCAGGACCUUCCGUCACCGUGUGAGUUCUGUUGUAGAUAAGAAAAGUCACACGUGUGCAGUAGAGGUGUCAUUCAUCGUGACCGGAGGUCCUGAUCGGGUAAGGACGAACGCUCAGGUGGUGACCCCCUUCCCUACCCCCUUCUACCCGACCUGUCACAUGCUCACUGCCCUGACACACUGCCGUACAUGCACGAGUGAGAAAAGACAGGGACUCGUGGUGACGGACCCUCUGGACGGUGCUGAGACGAACCCCGUCCUCCUCCCCCUCUCACCUGCGGGACAGGAAGCCCCGCCCUCCUCCACGUGCAGCCGUACUCUGAUUGAUGUCACUUUGUACAGCAGAGCUCAGCGAUCGCCGUCAGGGCGGCUCCCUCUGGUUUCGUGUUCACCCACAGUUGUAGCGUAAUGUUAAGAAAAGUUGUUUUUAACAGACAGCAACGGCAGCAAAAUCAACUAAAGACAUUUAUUUUCAUUGGAAUUUAUUGGAAUUGUAAGGUUCUAUUUGACUUUCAUUCACAAUCAUAUCUUUGAAUGUUACUUUAUACUGUUAUGGUCUUAUUUUAUAACCAACCUAUUUGGUUAAAGGUACAAGUCAAGAGUCCUGCUAGCUUCCUCUGUAUGCUGAAACAUCCGUUACAACCCACAGCACCUGUCUCCACCAGGCGGCAACCUCCGGUUCUGAAAAAUAAAGUCAACGCUUCAUGUGCUAAAGCUGCAUUCUCUCUAGUGUCCAUCAGGGGGCGACUCCUCUGAGUGUGUAGAAGCUCACCCCUGUUCGCGUCGGCCAACGUUGGAUCCUUUAAGCACGUCUACAAUAUCUCUCGAACCGUUGCCACGUAGCUUUUAAUUGGCUAAAUGUAAUCUGACCUUAGAGGUGGCAGAUCAUAACAUCGCCUUGUUUAGGUCGGACAAUGCGACAACACACUGACGAUCGGUUGAGCCUUGAGGGUGUCAUGGGGUCUGGUCAAAUCGAAAGAGCUUAUCUUUUGGGGACCAACAAUGUGCCCACGACAUUGAUCUGCUUUGAUGUUUCUCAUCUAAAUGGAAACGUGGAAGAGUAAUAAUGGUGGUAGUAGAGAAAGAUCAGGAUGUCGUUAGGAUUCAUCACAGAAGGAGUUGAACGGACAUUUAACUGUUUUCCUUGGUCAUUUGACUUGCACAAAAGAAAAUGGCGAUUUGUGUUAGUUGCAAUGGUGACAACCGCAUAAAGUGUUAGGUCUGUUUGGUAACCUAUGUAUGUAACUAACGGUUCGUACGUAAGUUACCUAACAAAGGUGACGGAACGUAACUUUUUCUAAAUUUCACUUUCAAAGCGUGCGGGUAGUUGCGGUUUUGGACCGUCUGAAGGAAUUCAAUUUAAAUUGAUAACCAGCGAUAACGACAUCCAAUCGGCUGAUAGCAUUUGAAAUUGGUGGCUGAGAAGCUUUGCCUUGAAAUGUAAUCUGGGGUUCAGCCCAAUGGUCCGUCGAGGUUUCAUCCGGCGAUGGGGUCGAGCUUUCAGAACAAAAACAGAAAGUAGUUAAAGGCCAAAUGUUUGGUGUUCAGAGUCUCACAUCUGCAGAAGAACUCUUACAACUCCAAGCUCAUGGACCGUUGCUGCACCGCUGUAUCUACUGAACCUUCUGAUGAACAAACGACCGGUAUAGCCUCAGGCGGUAAAAGAUGCAAAAAAAUCCACGAUCCAGUUUCACCACCGGAAGGUCUUUAAAAGUGUCGAAACUCUCUGUUUGGGUAGAUAAUUGUUCAGAAUCGUGACUACACGGUGACGCAGUCGCCGUUAUCUCUGUUCAUCGUAAUUUUAACUGUUGUGAAGAGUAUUGAGCUGUGGAGUGAUUUGGUCGUACUGCCUGAUGUGCAUCGUGUCCAACCGUCGAUCAAAGUCUUCAAAACGUGCUGACGAACUGGAAAGACGUCUGGACUCUUUCAGCGGGAACGUGGAUCUGUUUUUAAUCCGAUCGAUGUGUUUUUGAUGCCGCCGUUCAUUCCCGCUCUACCGUCUGUUUGCUUGUCGUCGUUGAGAUAAAAGAAAAAGAAAAGUCAGUGUAGGCCUCCGAUCAACUCUCUGCAACAACCGGCCGUUUGUUUUAACUGUCGGUCCGGUUUGUGUCAGUGCAGUUCAGAGGCCAACAACAUAUAUGAAGAAGUAUAUUUAUAUUGUCUUACUGUGCACCUGUUUUGUUCAGGUGUCUUAACUGAGUGUCACAUUAAAAGUGUUUUUAAAGCACCUGUGUUUUCACCGCGUGGGUUUUUAUUGUACUCAAACUACAGAUUCAUUUAUUUUUUUAGUUUUAUUAGAAAAGAGACGAU